UUUUUCUUGCAGGCGCACAUCGUUUGUGUAUUUUUUUCUGCAAACAUUGUGCAAUUUAUCUUCAAAAUAAAAGCAACCAUGCCAAUAAUAAAAGAUCUGAUUAGAGGUUUGUACCGAGGAGCGAACAGGCACAAGGAGAUGACCAGCAAACGGGGGAAUAAACAUUUUCACCCGAGUCGGGGGAUUCAGCCAACAGGACUAAAGAUAGGAAUGAGAUUCAAGAACGUAAAGGAGAUGAUCCCAGAGAUCGUCGUGCCCAAUCUGGAAGGAUUCACACUGAAGCCCUACGUGUCCCACAAAUGCCCCGACACCGAGCAGCCUCCUGUCACUGCGAGGGAGCUCUUUGAUGCCUGCAUCGCACCGCAGGUCAGAGCCGACUUUGAAGCCGGAAAGUUCUCCGAUGCCACCACCGCAACCGACGACGGGCAGAACACAAAGAGCUGAUGACCGGGGGAUGAAGCGAGAUACGAUUCACAUACUGGCCUGGUACAUCUACUGUUUUGGUCAUCAACACCACAAAGUGGUGCUCAUCCAUUGAAUUUUGCACCGCAUAUUUUACAGUAACGCGCUAUUUUCAUUUUCACGAAACAGCACUCGGUGUCGUGUGGCACCUGCUCCGUGAAUUGUUGUUUUCUGGAACUGACCUUUUCCUUAAUUUAAACUGUUGGAACGAGUUUUAAGAGUUUCUUCUAGUUAAGUCACAUAUUUACGGGUGAAUCAAAUCAUUUUAGACCUUUCAAAGCGUUUUUAUCCAUGCUAUAUUGACAAAAUACACAUGAGUGCUACUUUGUGAGAAUGCAAAUUGUUCGAUUAUGCAUCAGUGUAUAAUGUGCGCGCGUACACGUGAGUGCUACUUUGUGAAACCCCAAUUGCUGUAAACGAGGUAUUCGAGGUAGCAUGCAAGUGCAGUUGAGUGCUACUUCGUGGUGUUGGUGACGAUAUAGGGUACCGAAGUGUGACGCCAUUUUGAACCAAGAUGUGUAGUGCUGACAAACGGAGUACGCAGGCAUGUUGGUUCACGCACUGGUCCUCGCACAUGUGCAUUUUACACACAUGCUUGUGCAUGUGAAGUAUUCACUUCAUUACUCUGUAAGCAAGACCGAUUUACAGAAUUCUAUGUACCUUUCUCAUGGUAAACAUUCACAUGUGUUGUACAUAUACCAUACAAAAGUACCGCACGGACUUGGGACUAUGUCAGUCACUGUAAAAUGGAGACCUUUUAUGGUGAAAGCACUGUACAGUGCACAGUUUACAUUUAGGCUUUCCAUGUGCGCACCACAUUUAGAAUAAUUGAAUUGAUAAUGAAUAAUUUAAAAUAUGACGUUGGGAAUAAGCUAUGCAUUGCACAUGUGGAAAAUUAUACAGCACUCCAGUAAAAAUGAUAAACAGGUCUUGCUCUGAACAAAGUUUGAAACUUGUGAGAUAUCUGAUAGUACCUUGCAUAACAAUGGGAGACUUUGAGACACUGGUGGCAGCAGACAUACAGGUCGUGUUUCACAGUAUUGUGCAUGCUCAGAACAACAUGGGCGUGCUCAGAACAAAAAGGUCAUGCUCAGAACAACACAGGUGUGCUCAGAACAACAUGGGCGUGCUCAAAACAACAAGGUCAUGCACAGAACAACACGGGUGUGCUCAGAACAACAUGGGCGUGCUCAAAACAACAUGGACGUGCUCUGAACACCGGCAUGCUCAGAACAACACGGGCAUGCUCGGAACAACACGGACGUGCUCAGAAUAGCACGGGCGUGCUCAGAACAACACGGACGUGCUCAGAAUUACACGGGCAUGCUCAGAACAACAUGGGUGUGUUCAGAACUGGGCAAGAAGGACCGGUAUGUUUGCCGCCACCAAGCAUUUCGAAGUCUCCCUUUCAAAUUGAUGAAUGUGGAUGAGACAAGCAUCUGCAUCACCAAAGCAAAUGGAUUUUGUUCAUGAAGAUUCCAUCAAGGUUAAUACGCAAAACAGUCAUUACAUUUGUCAUACACUGGCUGGAUAAUUCUGAAUAUAUUUGUGAACUCUUAUGUGAAUGAUUUCUGAAUAAAUCUCUUAUCCUUUACAAUAAAAUAAGGCAUCUGUUUCUUGUUUUGGGGAGCGGAGGAUUAUGCAGCGUCAUGUGAUCAAAGACCCACCCAUCAGGCUACAAGGAUGUAUUUGGGUGCUAUGUAACAUUUUUCAUGCAGCAACUUUUUCUUCUUUUGCAAACUUUGUAGUUUCUAACCAAUUUUCUGAAAUAUUGUUACCGGCAGGUUUGGUUUCCGACUUAUUGAAAAUCUGGGGGGUUGGCAUCUGAUGCAGAUGUAGUGCUGAAGUUGUCAAGGGCUGUUUAUGGAGAGUUGCGACAUGAGUGUCUGAAUUUUUGAACCAAAAUGGUGGAUUAUGCAUCAACACACAUGGACAAUUAGCGCACAAUAGCUGGAUGCUUUGCUCCAAAGUUGGCACUACUUUAUAUACAGCUCUGGAUUAAUUUGGUUCAGUGCGCCCUCUGUUGACAAGGAAGUAGGAUAAUGUGACCACGUGCUUGCUUUUGACUUUUACCCACAUUGUAGGAUGUACAUAUUUGAGCCCAUCACACGUCCCUUUAAGUCCAUCACAUAUAUGAUGCAAGAUAUGGGGUGGAGAGAAACCCCCCCCCGCCUUUGUGUUGGUCAUUGUUUGAUCAGAGUCUCAGG